CGGCAACAGCAUCAAUCGGAGACGCAGGUAGAGAACAAAGCUUUUUCUAAGCUCUGUAGCAGAAGGACCAGCCAUUUGCAUGUCAGCCACCAUGACAUCAAUGCUAUGCCAUCACAGCGAGAUCGGCAAACAACACGUGGGAUCCCUGGUUCUGUGGAUGGUGAUGACAGGAUUGACGUCCCGAUCCUGGGCACAAUCGUCUUCAGGAGCUCAACCGCAUUCCAUAAAGAUCGAGGGUGAUAUCACUCUCGGGGGGCUUUUUCCAGUGCAUUCUCGGGGUCCUGCUGGUGUUCCUUGUGGGGAAAUUAAAAAGGAGAAGGGGAUCCAUCGUAUGGAGGCCAUGUUGUAUGCACUGGACCAGAUCAACAGUGACCCAGACCUUCUGCCUAAUAUAACCCUGGGUGCCAGGAUACUGGACACGUGCUCCAGGGAUACUUAUGCGCUAGAACAGUCCCUCACUUUCGUUCAAGCCCUCAUCCAGAAAGACAACUCAGAUGUCCGAUGUUCCAAUGGAGAGCCACCCAUCAUCCCAAAACCAGAGCGCGUGGUUGGUGUCAUCGGGGCUUCGGCCAGCUCAGUCUCCAUAAUGGUGGCCAAUGUUCUUCGACUGUUUUCGAUACCUCAGAUCAGUUACGCUUCCACAGCACCUGAGCUUAGUGACAACAAUCGCUAUGAUUUUUUCUCUCGAGUAGUGCCGCCCGACUCUUUUCAGGCCCAGGCGAUGAUGGACAUUGUCAAGGCCUUGGGGUGGAACUAUGUUUCCACUUUGGCAUCAGAGGGGAACUACGGAGAGAGCGGUGUAGAUGCUUUCAUCCAGAUAUCCAGAGAAGCAGGACUCUGCAUUGCACAGUCCAUUAAAAUUCCUAGAGAGCCCAGACCAGGAGAGUUUGACAAGAUCAUCAAGAGGCUAAUGGAGACAUCUAAUGCCAGAGGGGUUAUUAUCUUUGCAAAUGAAGAUGACAUUAAGCGUGUACUUGAAGCAGCAAAGAAAGCCAAUCUGACGGGUCACUUCUUGUUUGUGGGCUCUGAUAGCUGGGGAGCAAAGAACUCACCCAUCCUCAACCAGGAGGAUGUUGCUGAGGGUGCGGUCACCAUCCUUCCUAAGCGGGCAUCCAUUGAAGGGUUUGACAACUACUUCACCACAAGAUCUUUGGAAAACAACCGCAGGAACAUCUGGUUCGCUGAGUUCUGGGAGGAUGAUUUCAAAUGCAAACUGACACGACUGGGAUUCAGAGCAGAGAACGGGCUGAGGAAAUGCACAGGAGAGGAACGAAUCAGAAGAGAUUCGCCAUACGAGCAGGAAGGCAAGGUGCAGUUUGUAAUUGACGCCGUUUAUGCCAUGGCCCACGCUCUCCACAUUAUGCACAUGGACCUCUGCCCGGGUGCCAUGGGCGUCUGUGACAAAAUGGAUCCUGUGGAUGGGAGAAUGCUGCUGAGUUACAUCCGUGCUGUGAGUUUUAAUGGCAGUGCCGGUACAGGUGUGAUGUUUAAUGAAAACGGUGAUGCCCCAGGACGAUACGAUAUCUUCCAAUACCAGCUUUCCAACAACACCAACUCGGGAUAUAAAAUUAUCGGCCAGUGGACCAAUUACCUACGACUCAAUGCUGAGGACUUGCAGUGGUCCGGUGGAGAGAAACAAGUUCCUCAGUCAGUCUGCAGUUUUCCCUGCGAGUCUGGAGAAAGGAAACGCAUGGUAAAGGGCGUUCCGUGCUGUUGGCACUGUGAAUUAUGUGACGGCUAUCAGUACCUUCUGGAUGAGUUUAGCUGUGACACCUGCCCCUUCAACAUGAGGCCCACCCCGAACCGCACCGGAUGCAGACCCACCCCCAUCAUCAAGCUGGAGUGGAGCUCUCUGUGGGCCAUCAUCCCUAUGUUCCUGGCCAUAUUGGGCAUCCUUGCAACAUCCGGAGUUAUCAUCACCUUUAUGCGCUUCAAUGACACCCCCAUAGUCCGAGCGUCAGGCCGAGAGCUCAGCUACGUUCUCCUGACCGGCAUUUUUCUCAUCUAUCUCAUUACCUUCCUUAUGAUCGCUGAGCCGGGAACAGUGGUGUGCGCGUUCCGAAGGUUGUUUUUGGGGCUCGGCAUGUGCAUUAGCUAUGGAGCCAUGCUCACCAAAACUAAUCGAAUAUACAGAAUCUUCGAGCAGGGGAAGAAAUCGGUCUCACCGCCAAAGUUUAUCAGUCCAACAUCACAGCUGAUCAUCACCUUCAUUUUGACCUCAGUACAGCUCUUGGGAAUUUUCAUCUGGUUCGGAGUCGUUCCCCCUCACACGCUCAUUGACUUCGAUGAGCUGCGUCCACCCAACCCUGAGUAUGCACGCGGAAUCCUGAAAUGUGACAUGUCAGAUCUCACUCUGAUUGGCUGUCUGAGCUACAGUAUGGCACUGAUGGUAACAUGUACAGUCUAUGCCAUCAAGAGCAGAGGUGUUCCUGAGACCUUCAAUGAGGCCAAACCCAUCGGCUUUACCAUGUACACCACCUGUAUCAUCUGGUUGGCCUUCGUUCCUAUAUUUUUUGGCACAUCGCAAUCAACGGAAAAGAUGUUCAUUCAGACCACCACGCUGACCGUGUCUAUGAGCCUGAGCGCCACCGUUUCCCUGGGCAUGCUGUACAUCCCCAAAGUCUACGUGAUCAUCUUCCACCCGGAACAGAACGUGCAGAAGCGCAAGCGUAGCUUCAGAGUCGUGGCUCAGGCGGCUGCCGUUUCAUCUCGUCUCUCACAGAAAACCAAUGAAAAGCAGAAUGGAGAAACCAAAACCGAAGCGGAAAAAUCUUAAUAAAGGCCUGGAGGUUUUCAAGGCACGUGAGAUGAAAAUCAUGCUAAGACUUUCAGGAAAAGUCUAUUUCUGCUGAAACUCAAAUGGACUGGAGUUACUAAAGGAUGUGGUCGUUUUUGUACCAUCUACAAC